GAGAAAAUAACAAGGUUUAUUUAGAAUCGGAUGAUGCGGACACCCUGGAUCCAGCUGAAGAUGCGGAGAAUAAUUUGCCACAGAUUCCUCUGCAUAGUGGAGGCACUAUCAGAGACCACGUGAGAGGAAUAUUCAAUGACGGUCCCCGACAGACCCAGUUCAUCUCUGCUGGCACUCCUCUGCCGCUGACAUGGACUCCUCCUGGACUCUGUGUUUUCUCCCACACACGGACGACACUCUGUCUGAAUGUAACCUUUGAUCUUUACCGUUUUCUUCUUCUUUUUCUGUUCUUUUUCUUUUAUUUUUCUUCUUCUCUCCCCCACUAGUCAAACAGUUUGUAGGGGGGGUAUGGCUUGGCCGUGCAUCAGCAGAGUGUGCUGCCUGGCUCGCUUCUGGAACCAGUUCGACAAAUCGGACCUUUCCGUCCCGCUCACCAUCCAGAACUACUCGGACAUCGCCGAUCAGGAGGUGCGGUCCGUCACCAAACAGGUCUCUGCCUCGGAGCGCGCACCCGGGAAUCACUACUCGACCCCGGAGCCGCGGGCAACAGGCUCCCCUCUCACGCCCGCAGAUGGCUUGGGGACCCGGGGAUCAUUCAGGGCACGGAGAGAGCCCAGUUACAAGCCCCGGGAGGACUACCACCCACCCGGGGUGCCUUUCCCAAGCGUCACUCAGUACAAGCAGGAUUUCAAACCAUGGCCAAUUCCACGGAAGGAGAACUUCCCGUGGAUUAGUAACGGGGGCAGCAAGGCGGACAGUGUAUCGGACAGCCCGGUGAACAGUUACCACCCGGCGGAGAGAGAGGAGCGGGGCAGGGGGCAGAGGUGGGGGGAGCAGCAGGUGACAGAGGAGAGAAGAACGAGCUCCUACAGGCAGGAGUACAGGCCAUGGACGGGGGCGAAACCAGCCAAAAGUGCAAGGAAAAACCCUCCAGCUCAAUACUCCAGCCCUGGCACAGAGGCCACAGAGGUCCCACGUGAGACCAGCUACCAGGCUGCCUACAGCGGGGAUGUGCACAGCAGGUCCAUCACUGGUCUGCAUCAGGGGGAGCACAUCAUCCCAUCUGCUAGCACAAAUAUACAACCUGCUGCUGUCCCCCCACCCAUUCCUGCUGCCCUGCACGCCGGCAGCUCACCGCCCCCCUCCAGUCUCCAGCAGAGCAUCCUACCUGAGAGGAGCGAGCUCAGCGUGAUGAGCAGAGGAGAGGAACAUCUGGUAAGGACCAAGCUCCCUCCAAACCCUUCUGCCGUCUUUCAAAGUGGAUCCAGGGUCUUCAACAUCUGACGAGUUUCCCAACCAUUCCACUUAGAUCAGUUUCCGUUUUAAAAAGGAGUCAACAGGGGAAUGAUUUCAGUCCAUUCCACAACACAAGAAUCUAUGCAAGGGAAUGUAAUGUUGUGAGCCUGCAGAGCUGCAGUGUGCAGACAGAUGGACAGACAACCCUCCCGUACCUUCCUGCCCCUUUGCUAUGGAAAUGAAUAUGCAUGUAACAAAAUAGUUUGUUUCUGCAGCUAUAGAUGCACAAAAAACUGGCUGCUCUGUGUGUUAGUAUGUGUGAGUUUGUGUGUGUGUGUGUGUGUGUGCACCUGCUGAUUUGUCCUUUUGUUGUACCGUCUGCUCCAGUUAUGAGUGACAUGGUCGGUCGUUAAAUGCUUAUAGUACUAUGUUGGCCUUUGGUGUUGCUAGAAAAUCUGCUUGAAAAAUAUGUUAUUUAUUUCAUCAGUAUUCAAUUAGUUUGCUAUUUUGAGAAAGUGUUGUUAGGUUUAUUAUUUUGUAAAUCUAUUGUCAAAGAGAAGGAGCAAAUAUAUCAGAUGUAAGCAAAAUCACAAUAAAAGACGAUUAGGUUCUUCGCCCUUUUA